CAUAUGUUGCGAUAAAAGCUGAUCUUAGGUUGCUGUCGCCUCCGACCGCCGCCGACUGCCAUCAUCAGCCAACCGAUCGUGUUCUCCAACUGGAGCUUCCCGAUCGACAUCUCCACCUUCGCCCAAAUACGGUGCGACGGCGGAGCGCUUUCAUUCACCGUCCCUUCUCAUUCACAACUUAGCACGUCCUCAUUAUUAUAUACGCACUUCACAUGUGAGGAGGAAAAGUUUCCACCUUUCCGUACCUGUCACUCAAAACUAGCGACGCACUCCAUCUUCUCGGAGCUCGACAAUAACCCACCAAUGCUGGCAGUGCACGCCUCGUUCUCUCCCUUCUUUAACCCCGUCCCUGCGUAAGAACAACGUCAAAAGUCAACCCUCUUUGUCCCCUCCCCGUCGCUAGGCCACCCUGCAUUUCUUGGUCUCAACAGCCAGCUCGUCUCCCUUGCUCUGCUUCCAUGGAAAGCCCGCCGAAGAUCGCGUACUGCGUGUUCGCGCUUCCGCCGGACGACCUGGCGACGAGGCUGCGGAGCUUGAUGGACGGGCUCCGGUCGGAGUUCGGCGGGCCGCAGUUCGUGCCCCACAUCACCGUCGUUGGGCCAGUCAGCCUUGCGGAAGAUGAUGCCGUGAGCAAGUUCAGAGCGGCUUGUGAUGGGCUCGGGGCUUACACUGCCACUGUUGAUCGCGUGGCCGCGGGGACUUUCUUCUACCAGUGUGUGUACUUGCUCCUCCGUCCUACGGCUGAGGUUGUUGAAGCCAGUGAUCGCUGCUCUGCUCAUCUAGGUUACAAGAGCCCAACACCUUACAUGCCACAUCUGAGCCUCCUCUAUGGAGACCUGACAGACGAAGAGAAGAAGAAAGCUCAGGAAAAAGCCAAUGACCUCGAUGGGAGCUUAAAUGGCCUCGGCUUCCUGAUCUCUCGCCUCGCACUGUACAAAAUCUACCCGGCCGACAAAACUUGCACCUCAUGGGAAAAGAUAGCCGAGUCCACCCUCGGUACAUGUUAGAUUCUGUUUGUGACCAGCAUCCCUUUCCUUGCUAUGUUCUCAAACAGUUCUGAAAAACUCUCACCUUGGUCUCUUUACUUUGUCAUAUGGUGUUGAGAAUGUGACUAUUCUUUCGGCAUAUGUGCCUCCAAUGUCCAUGUACAUUUGGAGAUUGCUCACUUCGCUAUAACAUUCCCUAAAAAUUCAGUUAA